AUGCCGCGUACCGCUGAGACAUCCUCGUUCAAGUUCAAUCAUACGAUGCUGAGAGUGAAAGAUCCCAAGGCAUCUAUCAAGUUCUAUACCGAGGUCUUAGGAAUGACACUCGUUGACGAGCACCCGAGCGAUGAUUUUACGCUCUACUUCCUUGCCUUCGAUCAGCACGAUAACGUCGACGAUGCCGAACGCAAGUCGACCCGUCUACAGCGCGAAGGCAUCUUGGAGUUGACUCAUAACCAUGGCACGGAGGAUUUAGCCGAAACGCCGUACCACAACGGCAAUUCCGACCCGAGAGGCUUCGGCCACAUCGCUAUUACAGUGGACGAUGUUGAAGCUGCCUGCGAUCGCUUCGAAAAACUCGGUGUGCAGUUUAAGAAACGCCCUCAGGACGGCAAGAUGAGGCACAUCGCCUUUAUCCUUGACCCUGAUAACUACUGGAUUGAAGUACUUCCCAAUCAGCCGAAGCAGUAUUAA